UUUUUUUUUUUCAUAUUACUUUCUAUAUUUUGGCUCGUUUAUAUUGAUAAAUGCCAAAGUCGAGCCGGUUGCUUAUUCGAGUCUGACCUCAGCUCGACUCGUUUACAACCUUACUUGAAAAAAAAUUAAGAAUUAAAUUACAAAAGUAAGAAACAAAUGAAACUUAAAUUUUAUUUUAGCCUAAAUUUAAAUUCUAGUCACAACUUACAACCCAUAUUCGGACAAAUACUUUUCAUAAUGUUUUCUCACGGUUCCAAUUUGCAGCAACCACACAAUGGUAUGUGGUGUGUUGUUGAUGACUUUAUUUAUUUAUUUCCAACACACGAAUGAUCUGGGCCGUUCGUUUGUCCAAAGUGUGAACAAUAAUACUCCUACCCCUACACUGUUUACAUUACUGGUUCAAAUCACGCAGCAAACUUCAACUGGCCCUUAUUCGGUAAGCUCUGACAUAAAAGGCCUAAAAUUGGCUAAUAAAACUUCUCUAACCAUCUAACCUUAUCCCUUUCCGGACUCCUCCUCUUUCUCCACCACCGUCACCACAAUCGACCGGCUGCCGGGAAACGCCGUACUUCCUCCGGCAGUCCAACCCAACCUAAACCCCACACAGAAAGAUGUCACUAAAUCCCUGUCUACCUCUUCAGGCACUUCCCAAGACUAUAUUUUUCUUCCACCCCAACAAUUCAAUUCCCUCUACUUUGCAAAAGAACCGUUCUUUUGCAACUAUUACAAAAGGGUUUUCGAGAAGGGGCAUGAAUGUGAAGGUGGGCCCUGUGGUCUCCGUUGCUUGUUCGACUUCCUCGCCUUUCUUUGGCAGGGUAGGGCUGCACAGGAGAGAGGGGAAUUCUUCUCUGCUUUCGUUCGGUGUGGACCCGAAAAUUGUUUUCGAUGAUACUGAGGAAGAAUCUGAUGCUUCACAGGUUUUGUCGGCUAUGCUUCCUUUUGUGGUGGCUCUCACUGCUGUGGCUGCCCUUUCAAAGCCUUCGACUUUCACUUGGGUGUCGAAAGAAUUGUAUGCUCCUGCACUAGGAGGCAUUAUGUUAUCUAUCGGAAUCAAACUCUCAAUUGAUGAUUUUGCUCUGGCGUUUAAGAGACCUCUGCCCUUGUCUAUUGGAUUUUUAGCUCAGUAUGUAUUGAAACCGGCUCUAGGGGUUUUUGUGGCACGGGCUUUUGGGAUAUCACCGAUUUUUUAUGCGGGAUUCGUCUUAACGUCAUGUGUUGCUGGGGCCCAGUUAUCCAGCUACGCCAGCUUCUUGAGUAAAGGGGACGUGGCCUUGAGUAUACUCUUGACGAGCUCUUCAACAAUUUUUUCAGCUCUUGUUACUCCUCUUUUGACGGGCCUUCUUAUUGGCUCUGUUGUCCCGGUUGAUGCUGUUGCUAUGUCCAAAUCGAUUUUGCAGGUUGUACUUGCUCCAGUGACUAUUGGCUUGUUGCUCAACACUUAUGCCAAACCAGUUGUGUCCUUCUUGCAACCCGUGAUGCCGUUUGUUGCGAUGAUUUGCACCUCAAUGUGUAUUGGGAGCCCACUUGCUAUUAAUAGGGCCCAAAUCCUUUCUGCAGAGGGUUUGAGAUUAGUUGGACCUGUGCUAUCUUUUCAUGCUGCGGCAUUUACGUUAGAAGAAGAAGUAUGCCGAACAAUCUCAUUAUGCACAGGAAUGCAAAGCUCGACUCUUGCUGGGCUUUUAGCGACCCAAUUCCUUAGUCCCACGCAAGCUGUCCCAGCUGCUUGCUCGGUUGUGGCCAUGGCUAUAAUGGGCCUCUGCCUCGCCUCUUUCUGGGGAAACGGGUACAAAAUACGAAAUUUACCCUCACUUCUAAUCCCACGUGCUAAUUGCACUGUCGAAGCUUGACCAAAAGCUGCAUUUUUAUGUUAGUGAUGGUCCUAAUUGUUUGGCACUUGUGAGUUAUGAAUGAAUAGGAAGUAAGAAAAAUAGUUGCAUUUUGGUAGAGACUACACGAAUUAUAGAAAGAUUAGUAGGUAUACAUGAAUGUCGUGGGCUCNUAU